AUGCUGCAGCGACUUUGGCCAUUGGCCGCGCGAGCGUACGCGACAAAGGCGCCGCGAAUUGUCGCUGUGGAGGAGGGUUUAGAUCGGCUAUUGAAGGUGCAGUGGGAUGAUGGCCAAGAGGGGCGAUUUCCGCUGGUUUGGUUGCGAGAUUGCUCGCCGGACCCGAUCACCUACACGUUCUCGCCGGCGAUGACAGCCCGGAAUUUUUGGAUGCGCGACUUUGACGUUCGCCCUUCGAUCAAGGAGCUGCAGCCAACCGAAGACGGCACAUCUAUUUUGAUCGAGUGGGAUGGCGGUCAUAUGAGCCGCUUCACCUCCGAUUGGCUUCGACUACGCAAUCCGCUCGACGAGCAAGCAAAGCAGCAUAGAAGAAAAUUCUACCUAUUCCCUGAAGACACCUGGGAUCGUGGGACCAUCGAGAAGCGGCUAAAGACGUUCGAUUUUGGCGAAAUGUUGAAAGAUGACAACGUGCUUCACGAUUUCCUGGAGGCCGUUUGCCUCGACGGGAUCGCAAAGCUGACGAACGGCCCGGGACGCGGCGCCGUCGAGCAGAUUGGCCAGCGAAUUUUGCUCAUCCAUCGAACGCAUUUCGGAAAAGUUUUUGAAGUUUCCACAAAAGCUGAUGCUUCGAAUAUGGCCUAUGCAUCAAACGGGGAGCUGCCGUUUCACACCGAUUUUCCAUCGCUAGCCGAUCCGCCGCAGCUCCAAAUGCUGCACAUGGUCACGCGGGCGGCCGAGGGUGGAAAUAGCCUGUUCUGCGACGGGUUCCACAUCGCAAAGCUGUUGCGGGAGCGGCAUCCGGACGUCUUCGAGACGUUGUGUAACUAUACGACCGAGUAUAUUGAAGAGGGCUUUGACGUGCACGCCGGUGACGACGGCCAACCGAAGAAUUUUCCCUUCAAAAUGGCCGCCCGGCACUCGGUGUUCAAAAGAAACGCCGCCGGGGAAGUGGUGCAGGUGCAGUUCGGAAACGCGAUGCGCUCGUGGUUCUACGACUGCCCGCCGGAAGACGUGCAGAAGAUCUACGACGCAAUGAAGCUGUUCACCAAGUACUGCUACGAGCCGGAGAACAUUUUGAAGUUCCAGCUGCAAGACGGCGAAACCGUCCUAUGGGCAAAUAAGCGGCUUCUGCACACCCGCGACAAUUUCCGAAAUUCGGAGGGAUCGGCUCGAACGCUGGAGGGCUGCUACUUCUCCUGGGAUAUCAUAAAAUCGCGCGUCCGGCAAAUUCGAGCCCAGCUCCGCCGGCCCGAAGAUCAGCCCUCCGCU